AUGGAAGCUGAAAAAUCAUCAUCAUUGCUGUUCAUCAAAGAAGAGGAGAAUUUAGAGGAGGAUCUAACUGAAAACACAGGGGAAGGCUCUUCACUUGCAGACCCCUUAUUUGAAGUCAAGGCAGAACCAGAAUUUUUUGACUGUGGUGAAUUGGAUGUGAACUGUUCAUCCCAACCUAGUAAGUACGAGGAGGUCAGCUCUACAAGCUGUGAUGAUGGAAGCAGAAAGAAGGAGAUGUGUAUUGCAAAAGAAAAUAGAGACUUGGGUAGAAGCAACACAGCAGGGAAGCGAAUACCUUGUACUGAAUGCCAUAGGACAUUUUCAUGCAUGAGCCUCCUGAAAUCCCACAUAAGAACUCAUACGGGAAAGAAACCAUAUACUUGCUCUAUAUGUCAAAGAGGUUUUUCUCAAAUGACUAAUCUCAAAUGUCACAUGAGAACUCAUUCAGGAGAGAAACCAUACACUUGCUCUAUAUGUCAAAGAAGCUGUUCUCAUCAAAGUAGUCUCGUAAGACACAUGAGAAUUCAUACAGGAGAGAAACCAUAUACUUGCUGUAUAUGUCAAAGAAGUUUUACUCUAUUAACUGGUCUCAAAUCUCACAUGAGUACUCAUACAGGAGAGAAACCAUUCACAUGCUCUGUAUGUCAAAAAGGUUUUUCUCAAUCAACUAAGCUCUCAAAUCACAUGAGAACUCAUACAGGAGAGAAACCAUAUACUUGCUCUAUAUGUCAAAAAAGUUUUAUUGAUUCAAGUUAUUUCAAAAUACACGUGAAAGCUCACACUGGAGAUGGCCCUUUUCGUUGCUCUGUAUGUCAAAGAAGUUUUUCUUGUCCAAGUCAUCUGAAAACACACAUGAGAACUCAUUCAGGAGAGAAACCAUAUACUUGCUCUAUAUGUCAAAGAAGUUUUACUCAAUCAAGUAGUCUCAAAUCUCACAUGGAGGUACUCAUACAGGAGAGAACCAUUCACAUGCUCGUUAUGUCAAAAAAGGUUUUUCUCAAUCAAUUAAUCUCUCAAAUCACAUGA